CCACACAUACACACACACACAAGCGCUGAGGUGUGAGAAUUUAAGAUAUAUUGUUUAAGAGACAUGGCCUGACACCGAGACAUUAUGUGAGGAAAGACUUACAUUUAAUGGUAAAAAGAAAGAGUAAAACCUGAUGGACUAAAACAAGAAAAUAAUAUUAAAUAAACAGAUAAGUAAGAGCUCUUUACCAACAGAGGUAAUAAAUAAAAUGACAAAAAUAGACAUUAAUAACUUGAUUAAAAUGAACAUUUGCAAUAAGAGAAAUAUAAUAUGCCCAUAUAAUAUAUGGGCAGACAUAUAUGGAUGCAUGUCUGCCAGAGCUUCCAAAUUUUCUAUUAACAAAAACAUAGUUACAUGAAAGUUAUCCUGGAAAUAAAUAUAGCCCCUAUUCUAUUGUCAGAAAAUCUCUUUAUGUUUGACAAGGUUUAGCACACAGGGUGACCUUCUUGUGAAAAAGACCUGAUAUAAGGCAAACUAUUGAAUGUCAUACCCAUGUAUGAAACAUGUUUAAAGUGCCCCCCAGUGGAGAAAAUGAUGUUUGGUGCCCUCUAUGGUUCUUUUCUGGGGGAGAAGAUGUCUUUGCAGGUGUUCCUCCAAGGACCUAUAAGUGUGACAACAUGCUUUAAAGGCCGACACAGAAAACAGAAAGCUGAAAACAUGUCGCAAUGUAAGGAUUACAGUGUUCCCACAAGGAGUGACUUUCCUGUAAGACAAUGCGCUGUUCAGGAUGUACUCACAUAGAGAAAAGGUGACAAAGUGCAAACGUGAUAAAGUACCCCCUGAGUGCCCUUUCUAUGCUCCACCUCAUGCAGUUGGUGCCCUUUUGGUUGUGUAGCCCCCUGCCCUGGGGACAGCUUGACUCUGCCACUGGGUCCAUGCCUCAAUGUUUGGUUACAUAACAACCACUGUAUUCAUGGUAUGCUGCUAUCAAUGCACAGAUGACUAAACAAACACUGCAGCGAAGGCCACGUCUUUCACCAAGGCUGUUGAAUUAAUAUGUGCAGAGACUAAAUGACUGAAUUCAAGGAGGACUGAGCUUAUCUGCAGCAUAUAAAUACCACAUAGCAAAUGAUUGACAGUUUGUUUUGGAAAAUAUUGAUCAAUUACAGUGGAUUAAUAGCAUCCUGAAAUUAUAAUCUUGCAAAAAACAAAUGUGUGCAUAAGUUUUGAUAAUUAAUGACACUAAUAAUAAUUCUAAUUUAAAAAAUCUACCGCCUAGGUAAAAAUGGCAUUUGGCCAAUUUUACCUUCCAUUUCCAGCAGUGGGCGUUUAGCCAGCCUGAACCAAACUGAGCAGAGGGGAGCCGCAGGAUCAUACCAACCGAAAAGACAAAUUCGGAGCAUGGAAAACCCGGUAGGUCAGAGCUAAAAUUAGCAUCUGCUCCUCCUGCCACAGCAGCCAAACUGCGAUGCUUUAAGUCAUGUAAACCAGGGGAUACACUAUCACAAGGGGUUGGCAGUAAAGACAUGUUUCCCGUGGAUGACAUUUAACGCCACACGCUGACUGGAGAGGCUCUUGUGCGUAACGCAGGGACAGCGCUGGAUCCACACUGGCUGCUGCUGCUGCUUCUGCUGCUGCUGCUGCGCAAAACAUGAGUGUUUGGUAGUUUUUUAUUUUAAAGACGCCAUAUGUGCUCCGGUCAGCACGCUGCUUCCAUGUGUGAACACCUCUGCAAAAAUGUCCUUUUUAUCCAUACCGAGCCAAAAGGGGCUUUUCACCACGAUUAAGACGGGCAGAUCAGCAGAGGAGGCAGAAAGUAGAUCUCGCGAAGACAACGGGGACAAUAAUGAUGAUGAGGAUGAUGAAGACGAUGAUACCGGGAAUGUCCAUCUCAUCCCGAGAUGCUCCCCCGUGCCAAGAAAGCGAGGGGCGUCCAUCUACGACGAGACAGCCGAGUACAUGCGUAUUCACCAGACGCUAGCUGCCGGAAAAAGAGUGUCGUUCGCGGACACAACAGGUGGAGAUCUGGUGGAUGUGAAGGAAUUUGUUGCCUUUGAGUCGGACGACGAAGAGGAGAGUGCAAGGUGGGAGGAAGAGGAGUCAAAGUACCGAAAGCCGGGGAAAGAGCCCACUUACGCUGUGCAGCCUGAGUUUCACGCACCAACCGACAGUGCCCUGCUGCAGGCAGUGCGCACUAAUAAAGUGGAGGUUGAGCAGCUGUCUCAAGUUGAGGAUGAACCACUUGCCUUCAGUGGUCUUGUGCGAGUGCUGAACGUCUCCUUCCACAAAGCAGUGUACAUCAGAUCAACCAUGGACAGCUGGGCCUCUUACUUUGAUCACCCAGCAGAGUAUGUCCAGGGAUCCCACGAUGGAGACACUGAUAAGUUCUCCUUUAAGCUGUCCUUUGCACCACCUUACAUCACACAUGGCUCACGUAUUGAGUUUGUUGUCCGCUAUGAAACCUCUGAAGGGGAUUUUUGGGCUAACAACUCCCACAUGAAUUACGUGGUGACUCUGCUCCUGUCCUAUGAAGAGGAUUCUGUUCUUACAAGCAGAGACACGCAACAUGUAAAGGGUAUCCUGAAACCUCCCAAACCCUACAGGUAAAUCCUUCAACAGCCUAUCUGAGCAUUUAUGUUUCCCUGUUGGUCACUGUCAGGUGGACACUUCUUUGGCCUUUGACCUCCACCAGUUGAUCCGCUGAUGAUCUGAAUUAGCACUGAAUGUACAAAAUGUUACCGACAUUGUGGUUCCAUGACUGCAACAGAGCUCCAUUUGCCUCCUUAACCCCCCUCCAGGUUUUGUGUAGUGGGCAUACAGCUUUAUUCAGUCGCUCUGCCUGGUUACUGCUUCAACACACCAAGAACUCAAGCUAAACAGGAUGUUGGCAAACACAUUUUGUUGCAUAAUGGCGGCGCAGGGGUGAGUUACCACAUUAGCCGUUCAUAGAGCUCGCCAUGCUCUUCUCUGUUCACUCAGCCAAAGCCAAAGGAGAUUGACAGAGUUGUUGAGGGAGCACACACCCCCAUCAGAAUGCCAAUCAUCCAGUGGUGUAUGACGGCGAUCAAAAUAGGCAAAGGGCAGGUGUCGUUUUCAGGCCCCUGCGUCAAGUUUACCUCUGACCUUUCAUUGCAGAGUCAUUGCAGAUUCAAAAGGAAAGAUCAGCCUCUUUCUUCGGUGUAGUUCGGGACACCUAAACUGCCCCUCCUCCUUCUUUGCACCUUCAGAUUCAGAUCAGAUCAACAGAGAGAGGAAGUUUGAAGGAAUGAGGAAAGUUCUCCUGAGUUAGUGAAGAUUUCCAAAAAUAACAGACUCAGAGAUAAACUUGUAAUGUAGGUCACCUACGUUUUACUGUCUGGAAGCAGAUGGGUUGAUAGGGAUGGAUGAGUCACAGAUUAGAAAGGAGGGGAUUGAGGAGCAGAAACUGUACCAGCACCCCAACCACAGCCAUCAUAAUAAAUUCAUAAGGUGCUCUGACGUUCGUUGGUAAUUGGAUUUUACGCAAUCACAAGAUAGACACGGGGAAUACAGGAAAAGCAGGUUUAGGUGUUGGUGGUAAAAACAAGUUGAAGUCUGAGACACACCCCUGCAGCUUCAUCACGUGGAAUGAAACCAAUAUCAGUUAUUUUUCUAUUCAUGUCUCGGCGACUCUGAUGUGCCACGUCUAAAUUUAUCUGGGGUGGAUCCAAUUCAGUUAAAUAUAAAUCAAACCAGGACCUCAAAGAAGCUGGACCCACUGACUGUGUCACUGAUAUUAACACUAAAUAUAUUCCAGCAUCUAGCCUUGGUUUACACCUCUAGAUUGUGUUUGAUUGGGGCUACUGUGGACAUAGGCCACACCAAAGCUCCUGUGGGUAAUCUUCAAGUGUGGUCAUAAAACGGAUUGACACAUCAGCUGACACAGUAUCCUGUUUACAGGCUAAGCUCAAGCCAGACCUCAGGGCCAAAGGUUGAGUCAAUAUGUUUUAAGGAAGUGUGGCGUAAUUAUGAUCGAGCUUGUGUGUCAUAACUAAUUGUUCUUUUCAGCUUUCUUUGGGUUAGCAGGCUACUGAAAGGACAAGGUGUAGAGAUAAUUUGAUGUGGUAAAGUUAAGAAAAACAUAUUUGUUGACCUAGCGAGGAGUGGCUUGCAAGCAUAUCCCAGCUGACAACAGUGAUUGAUAGUAUUACUCAAUACAAUUCAAACUUAUUCCACUUCAGAAACACUAUAAAGACUACUUUAACUUUCCUGUUCCACUAAAGAAACAUUAAGUAAGACCUUGAAGCAGUUAAGUUAAGAAAAACAUAUUUGAUGACCUUGCUAGCACUAGCUUGCAAGUAUAUCUCAGUGGACAACAGAGAUUGAUAGUAUUACUCAAAACAAUUCAAACUUUUCUACAUUAAAAACACUAUAAAGAUUACUAUACCUGUCCUGUUCCACUCAAGACAAAUUAAGUAAGACUUUGAAGCAGUUAAGUUCAGAAAAAAAACAUAUUUGUUGACCUAGCUAGCAGUGGCUUGCAAGCAUAUCCCAGCGGACAACAGCGAUUGAUAGUAUUACUCAAAAAAUGAUAAAAAUUCAAACUUUUCUACAUUAAAAACACUAUAGAGACGACUACAACUUUACUGUUCCACUCGAGACAAAUUAAGUAAUACUUUGAAGCAGUUAAGUUCAGAAAAAAACACAUUUGCAUGUUUGAUGACCUAGCUAGCAGUGGCUUCCAAGCAUAUCCAAGUAGACAACAGUGAUUGAUAGUAUUACUCAAAACAAUUCAAACUUAUUCCACUUCAAAAACACUAUAAAGACUACUAUAACUGUUCCACUUAAGAAAAAUUAAGUAAUUUAGCAUCGUGAUGGUAAUGUUUACAUUGUUGGCUAAUGGGUUUCCAUUUAUAUAUAGCCUCAUGGGUCCCCAGAUUAUCACUUUCCACUCUCUUAAUUCCUGGCAAGUCUAGCUGUGAAGUCAUGACAACUUCUGAGAUAUCUUGCAAUAACCUACAACGUGAUAACCCAUUAGUACAACAUCAACAUCAUAUCUUGUUAGCUUCCCACCCCGAGAUCGUCCUCAGAGGGAAAUCGCCACUCUGUGAACACGGUGAUUUAAAAUCAUUGGCGCUGCUCUUGCCAAAGUCGAUUUUGGAAAUUUGUCUGGAAAGGUAUCAGAGUUUGCAGCCUUAUGAUAACCUCCUUGUCAGAUCUUUAUCAGAUUCUGAUUUUCACAGGGCUGAUGCAACUGUAAGGGCACUGAGCAGAGGGAGCCUGAACAUCUCCUCAGGUUAUUUCCACUCUAUUUGUGUAGCUCCUGUCACAUGCUCUCUACACUUCUUGACCUGUAUUUCAUUUGGCAUCCCUUGCACGACUCUUGGCAACUUUUCUUCCCCCCUCCUUUUCCAAAAGAGGUACCCCUGUAUAGAAAAUAUGAUAAGUUUCAUUCACUUCACAGCUUUAUUCCGUCAAUUCUACCAUCAUUAGUGUUAAAGAGACUAUUUGAUAGUUCAAAGACAUUAAUUUGACCGAGAUAACACAAUUUCUCCUCCUACUUCCUGUCAAAAUGAUGUUAGAUUCAUCCACUUAAAUACUGAAAUCUGACUCCCGCCAGCUUUUAUUGUGCUUGCACUUUUCAGUGACCCUUAGCCACAGUUCAUCGUGACUCAUUCAGCAAUUUCCCACCUCGCUGUCUAUUUUAACUAACAGUAUAACAAGAUGGGUCAUUGCUGGGGCUUGUGACUCCAAAACACUCUGCUUAUCUAGUUUGGCAGAUCAGAAAUCAGCUGGGAUGUUCAGUGAAAAUAUCCCAUUCAACACAGAAACAGCUGGACAACAUUACUAAAUAUUACGCUUAAUUAUCCAAGGUAGGCGGUGGUUUACGGUAAAUGCAUUUUUCCGGUGAUUUCAGUUUUACCUUUCAGUCAGAUUGAGUCAGAAACGCAGAACUGUCUGACUAAUCCUGUGGAGGACCGGCUACAAAGCCAUUAAUCACAAAUGGAUAUUAGCUUGUCUUGCUGCCCAUCCACAGCUGCAAACUGAGUGAAUCCAUUGUUAUUAUUUCAAAGUCCUCACCUACUGCAUCAGCCCACAUUUCUACCACAAUGACACAGAGAAUAAUGACUAUGUACAUGUUAUUCCAAACCCUUAAAGAGGACAUUUUCAAACCUCAUAUCUGGUCAGUAAUGUAACAUUGAUUCUUGGGUAGAACUUAGUUGUAGUAAAUUGUAAAAUUUUCCAUGUUUUAAUGAAUAAUUCUGAGUAUUUUUUGUUCUCUUUACAGCAUGGAUGAUUAUGAGGACGAUGACGAUGUCUUUGAGGAAACAGGAGACGAGGAGGAAAAGAAAGAAGGUACAGUAUGAAAACACUUUUGAGAAAACAAGCCUCACUGUUACUGCUUAAAAAUUAAUAUAUUGCUAUAUCACAUGAAAUGUCGGAUUGAAAGAGACUAAACUAGAAGUGCUGGACUUUCAUAAAAUUGGGUUCUUCAACAUCUAGGGCCUGUGUCCAUUAACAGCAGUUUUUGCACUGUCAGCGCCCACAACUGUGGUUCCAGCGUGUUCCUCACCAGCGGUUACUGUUGCUAUGUUACGAAGUUAUUCAGCAUCACUUCCACCUCCUUUAGUGGCGUCUAUUAAGCUUGUUGAGAAUUUUAGUGUGUGCUUCUAUAUCGCUUUUAUUAAAUGGGACUCUACAAGGAAAAUGUACCUCGAAAAAUGAGCGUGGUUAGAUUCUAAUCAACAUGAAGGACAAACACAUCAGGCUCCAAAGGUUUUAGUUUUUUCAACUGAGGGUGUUGAGAUGGCAGCAACAACAAGAGCUACCACUGAAACACAGAACUGCAUCGGUGCUGCCUGCAUUAGACAAAACUGCUCCGGUGGACACAGGCCCUCGGUGCAAUGAGCUCAUCUGCGAACAUGCUGAACCUCAUGUUUCCCCUGGUGCCACUUUUGUCUGUCUUUGGACGCAGAGUAUUGAAGGUGUGUCGUGAUUCAGGGGUAGCAUCCCUUGUAGACCACUGAGGUCAAACUAAAAUUAGAUUGUCAGGACCGUUGAGGAUUUCUUAUUUACAUCGCCAGCUGUUCCCGCCCCUUCCCCCCUUGAUACUGAGUCCUGCUCCUGUCGCAUAGCAACCUUGAAAGCUGUACGGAAACUAGCCGGCAAAGCUUAGCUCACAAAUCUCAUCCUGUUAUUUAAAGGAUAAUUUGAAGUUUCAUCGCCCCUCAUUGGCAUCAACAGCUAUUCGUUUGAACCAAUAACUGAAAUUAAAAGUGGAUUUCCCAGCUGCUUAAGAGUCCCCCAUCUCAUUUCGAUUGGCAUGAAAUGAAUCUCAGGAUAAGAUGGGCAACCGAAGAUGCACCUGGUCCAUGUGGUGCAUUCUUUGGGAAAUAAAAGGAUGCACUUGUCAGCCUUUGAAAUGGGACAGUCUUCAAGUGGAUGUGAUGCGAUUGGUCUCGAAAUGCACCUCUCAAAGGAUGCACUAGUGUCAUCUGGAUAGUUGUCCCAUACCUUUAAGGGCUCUGCUUCAAUCCUCGAAAGAGUGUCUGUUAAAUUACUUACACACCACAGAUACAAGAAACCUAAAACACAAAGGUGACAGUGUUUUUUGUGUGUGUGUCAUUUUUCAUCAGCUCAAAAAGCGGGGCCUUCCAUGACAGGACUUGUCAGACCCACAGCUAUCUGCCCAGUCAUUAUACAGCCUGAGAUUGACGUCGAGGUAAGGGUCAGAUUUAACUAACAAGGGAAGGAAACAAACAGCUGUUCAUUUGCUAAAUGUUAAACCAGCAGGAGAGCUCAUCUGGUUUAUGUCCUUAAUGAACUUUCUACGACCUGAGAAGGUCAAAACAGUCACGUUUACUACCCCUGAUCAUGAUUUAGGGAAUCCUUUAUCGGAUAAUGCUCAAAUUAAUUCGGGGCACUGUUGGCUUAGCAGUUCGAGCAUGCGCCAAAUGUGCAGAAGUUGCCGGUCCAACGCCUGGCCACAGCCAUUUGCUGCAUGUCUUCCUCCACUCCACUCCCCAUAUACCUGUCUCUCCUCAGCUGCCCUAUUUGAUAAAGGCAGAAAAACCCUUUACCUACGCAAAGUUACUCAAAAACAUAUCUAAAUUUGCAUGCAGUUUUGACAUGUUUCCCAUGUAACAGGUUAGCAGGAUUAGUGCUUUGCCCCGUUAUGCGAUUCACGAGUCUAAUAAAACAUAACAAACAUUUCUGUUCAACUUUUAAAGCUUAUCAUCACUGGCUUGGUUGUUUAUGUUGUUUACAGCUCAUUGAAGCUUCAGCAACAACCUAGGUAAUGUCUCCCUUUCCCCGCUGCGGCAUGAGUAAUGUAUGUCAGCUCUUUUCUCUUCUCAUCCACGAUGCAUGCUGCUCUUUUUUGUGCACCAUUUGAUCUGAUCCCUGUUUAACUUCACUUCAUUUGUUUUUCAUUUUCCAGUAACUCUGAACACUAAUAUUCAUCUCCACCUGGUACAAUGGUGUCUCAUCCUGUCUGUGUUGACUAUGUUUGUGAUCACGACCAAUCUCCAUAUUGAGUGUUUUUGUGAAUGUAUUCUUAAAGGACUAGUUUGACGUCUUAUUUUUGGAAAAACAGACAAAACGUUUUUUGCUUUCUUGCAGAAAUCAGGUGAAAAAAGCUGAAACCAAUUUUUUUAUGUGUGCCAAAGAUUAUAUUCGAGUCACAGGAGCAGCCUGUCUCUUAUUUUUACAUAUGAUAAAAACAAAAUCAAUGAUAGAAACACUGUUAUGAACCUCAUUGACGCACUUCCUUUGUUAGUCUUUAAGUUAAAAGAAGCUCAAACCUCCUGGCUGCAGCUUUAUAUUAAAUAAUAAAAAAAUCAAUCCUGAUGCUAGCUCUCCUCCAGACAAACAAGAUCACUUCUAAAACUGUUCAACUUUCGCUUUGAAUGUUGAUACGCCUCGUGAGACUCGCUCGAGACAAAUCGAAAUUAAGUCCCACACACCGACAAAGGAGGAACAUUUCAGCACUUUUGAUCGACUUGUACCGCUCGAAGGUGCUUCCUUGUCACUCUCGCACAGUAAACAACAAACUCAGUCCUUGUUCUCUAUGUAGCAGGAUUCAUUUCUCACAGCAUAAAGAAGCCGCAUUUGAAUUUGAUAAGCGUUGACGCGGGAGGAAUUUAGGAGGCAAUAAUGUGAGACAUCUGCUGCAAGAAUUUAAGAGAAAAUAUUAACUUGACAAGUAUUUGGCAAAGUCAUGAGGCAUCAGAUACCAAGAAUACAUGCACCACAUGCAAUAACACAAUGUUUAACACUGUCUUUCUGUAACUCUGUGCUAGCUUUGAUUUUCAUCUGAAACCAUAAAAACACCACGGUGCUCAGUCCUCACAGAUUCCUAUUUAUCUAACAUACUCGGCCUACUCUUCUUUUAUAUGUGUUUCACGUGCCUUGCUCUUGCACUUUUUCCUCUGGGUGCUGUUAUCUCUUUUGUAUUUUUGUUGUUGUGAUUUUAUCUCAGUGUGACCUUGGAUGUUUGUCACAGCAGCCUCACAGCAGGCAGAGCCUUUUCUAGAUUACCAGCGACUUUCCUUUUUGAAUACAAUUAAGUGAUAAUGAAAAUAAGGUCCUUUUAAGGAUGGUAAUACUUCAGUUUCUUGGCAUUUAAAAGGGAGGAAAUCGCACUCAAGCUCAGUUUGUGGAAAUAUGUAAACCGGGGGAUAAAACAGUUAUUGAAAUUGAGUUUGACCUUUGUUUGACGUGUGCUGUAUGCAAAUGUCUUUGGACUCUUGAGAGUUUUGUACCCGCAGAAAAGGGAUUUAAAGCAUUAAAAUGUGCACUCUGCCAAUAACUUUCCAAAAGAUGUGAGUCAUUCCCAUCAUACUGUUCCUGUUUUGUUUGCAUCUUCCUCACAAUUACAAUGUCAGCAUGGGAUCCAUCUCACAGAGAAGCAUUAGUAUGCAGCAAAAUGCUUUCUGUCUUUCUGUGUGCACCGUUAAUGUUGAAUACAAAUCUCUCCUCUUUGUCUUUAUACUCUCCUAGCUGUCACUGUUGUCUCACUCUUUCGCUUUAACAGAUUGGAGUUCGCUCAUCUGGUCCUUCAGUCCCAUCCAGCCAGGAGCUUCCAUCUGUUGAUGGCUCACUGUCCCCUCGCACUGUAUCCCCAGGUGAACAAUUCCCCUGUACGUCUCCUGAAACCGCACUUCCAGCUAUUUCAUCCUUUGUACCCUAUGCCAGCGAAUCAGCCCAGCCAUAUAAGUCACAGCCUUUACCCAGUCUCCACUGUGAAUUAGGUGAACAAGUGUCAGAGCCGCAAAGUAGUCCCUCUGCUCUGCAACAAGAGUCAGGGCCCAGUUUAGACGGCCGCCAGAGCGACGAAGAGGAAGCCCCCCCUUCAGAGGCCUCAUGUGUGCAUCUUCCUACCUCAGAGACAAACCUGAGUCCAACAACAGGAGAGGACAGGUCGAACGACAGCUCAGAAAGUCUUCCUAGCCUUAAACUUCUCCCCGAGUGUGUUUCUGGCUUUGAGAAAGAGGUCGCAGAGGGAUCGAGCGAAUUUACCGCAGGAUUAUCAGACGGUUCCAGCAGGUCAGCUAUGCAUCAUGAAGUCAGUACACCUGCACUUUUCUCUCCUGAGGUAGAGACUGAAGCAUCUCUGGAAGCAGAAGGUGGAGCUUCAACACCACCUGAACUCACAGAAACCCCCUCAGUGAGUACAGGUGUCACUGAGGUGAGCCAAAACUCUGCUCUUCAGCCCGUCUCUGCCUACGAAGAGAAAGAAGAUACAACACAGAUUUCCCCUGACACGACAUUAGAGGAUCCGCCGAACACGCAGCCAGAGGUUUCCGAGCUUCAGACUGAGCUUGACAUAAAUACAACUCUGAUGCCAUCCAUCGUCUUUAUAAGUGUAGUUGUCUCUCUUUUGAUAGUGUUACAGGAACCCGGCGCCCUCCUCGUCAUUGGACUAUUUUUGGUCUUGUACAGGUUGUGAAAACGCCUCUAAAGUUCGCUCGCUCAGAGAUCUGUUCUCAACUCAAGUGCCUUUUCAUGAUUCCAAAAUUAGCAGAAAGUGAAAAAAAAACACAAGCUCCUAUUGAAGUUAUGCAUCAGUGUGUGAGUUUCAUCAAAUAAAAAAGAUAUCGGGCACAGUAUAUAAGCAUUUCAGAGCAAAAAGCCCAAGCACAGAGGAAGUUAGAAUGAAAAUAAUUUCAUGCAUUUUGUGAAAAAAAGUGCAAAAAGACAAAGAGGUCAGUAAUGUUCCCUUAUCUACUGUAGCUUUGUGUUCACUCUAAUGCUCUAGCACAGAGGUGUUUUGUACGUAUCUGUGAGUACUUCUUUCUCGUGUGGCGACAGUGUUAGACUCUGGUUUAUCCAGUCAGUGCUAAAAUACAUUAAUGUUUCUGUUUGUUUUUGUACUGUAGUGUUGUCAGUGUAAGUGCUGUCUAUAACCACACUGUCAUGUUGGCUCUGUGUGUUUUUAUAUGUAUAAUAAUGGACAAAAAAAAAAACAUUACCAUAAAGAAAAGUAUUACACAAAUGGGAUUUUGUUUACAAAAUGCAAAAGAAAACACGGCUAUAUUAAGCAUUUCGCCUUAAUGUCUAAAUAGUAAACUGACUAAUACACUUAAUAAGGGACAUAAUAUAAUUAACUCUGUGUGUGUGUGUGUGAGUGAGCGUGUGUGUGUGACAUUUUAAAGUGAUUAUUUAACAACACCAGCCUUCUUACUAUUGCACAUUAAAUAAUACAAAUAAUCAACCAGGUUCACGAGGCAGACGUUUUCCUGUAACAUUCGCCGAGGAUGUAGAGCUCAAAGUGCUACGAUGCUACACUGCAGAGUUCGAAGAUUUGCAUAAAUGUGCGAACACGGGUCGCUUAAAUCUUUAAAUUGCAUCUUCCUGGAACUGAAGAGACAAUAAAAAUAGAAAAUAAUGAGAGAAAACGUUAAAGUUAGCAAGUUGCAAGCUAGCAACACAGUAAAGUAGGCGUAAACAAACUGAACCACCACCAGACAGCAGCUAGUGUUAGCAUGUUGUUUAACAUCAAAUGCCAAAUUGAUAACCGUCCAGCAUCUGAGCUUCAUAGCCUGAGCGCCAUGUUUGGAAAAUGACUGUUAGGAAUCUGGUAAAUUGCGAGUCUUCCCGUUGCACCUUGCUUCUGUAACCAUCGAUUUGUCUCUUCGCAACACUCCUGUGCCGAACAGACUGAGACACUGAAUGAUGUGUUUGAAGUGAUGAAAGUUUUUGCAGUGUAUUGCCAUUAAAACACGGUCUUAUACCCUGUAUCUCUG